AAGCUCAGGAAGUUGAUGCACUGCUUAGCCGCUUCAGCCUGAGAGCGUUUUCUGGAUGAAAAGUCCUCAGGACGAGAAGCUGAUGCAACCUGGGACGACGCUGUUUCACUGCGGUACAUUGCAUACCCGAUGAAACGACUGUGUUUUUUGGACUUCAUGGGCGAUGAUUAGUACUCUAUCGACUGGGUUUUCUUAGUGAGGUGCAACACUCCUGCACGAAAAACAUGAGUACCCCAAGUUGUCUACCAUCAAAAUUGUCUGUACCCCUAGAACCGUCUUCGAGUACAGGACGAAAUGAGAUACUCGAACCACUCUUCAUACACCGUCCUCUUCCGGCUAAUAGCCCCGUAUAAGCUGCAAUGGUGAUACUUCUCAGAUGCAUGCCUGGCUCUCAAGAGAGAGAACACCUAUCCAGCUGCACAUGAGCACCAGCGAGCCAUACUUCUCACGAAUUCCUUGGGGGCUGUUCGACGCGACGCCCUCUCUCUCUCUCUAUACCGAGAGUUUACACACCGUACCACCGAUGUCUUCUCAGACAGAAGUUAUUUCCACCAAACCGCGUUAUACCAUAGCCUACUACGAGCGCCCCGGGCUUCACUGGUCUCGUCGCAAGAUCGAGUUAUUUGUGGACCAGCUCCGCCAUGUCGCUGCACUAUCUCUCGGUCUUUCCUCUCCCAAACUUCUACCUCAAUACCAAUGCCUUAUCUACGACGGGUUAGACGACAAGCUUAUCACCGUCGCUUAUGAUCCUUCCAACUCUGACCGCGUGAUCGCCUUUCUUUCCGGCGUCCUCCUCGACAUCCCUUCGCUUUCUCAUCCAGUUCUCCAUCUCGGGCUUGUAUGCAUCUUACCAGAGUUUUCCUCCGGCGGCAUCACACAGGCGUUGUGCAACAGACUAGCGAGAGGCUUCAUAACAAAGCGUCCCGACGUUAUGUUAGGUCUUCGCAACGCCUGGUUCACAAACUGCUCGUCGGUCGGUCGCAUUCUCUGCGGUGCUGCAACGGCCCUCGAUAUGGUCUAUCCCUCUCCACAACACCCGCCUUCCAAUGGUCCUCCAACCACAACCCACGCUCUCAUCUCCGAUGCCAUCGCUAACUCGCCUUCUUUCCGGGCGUCGAUGUACGUCCUACCCACUGCGACUUUCGACCACACCGCGAACGUAUUCAGGGGAAGCGUUGAGGGUACAGUCUUCACAAAGAAAAAGGAGGACGAGAGUCACCAUCACAGGGAUAUUGAGCUGAAUGGUUUUUACGCAGACUUGUUGGACUGGGAGAGGGGUGACGAGGUAUUGCAAGUUGGGUGCAUUAGUUUGUUGAGCGUAUUGAAGCAUUGGAGGAAGAUGAAAGCGAAGUUAUGACGAGAGCAGUUUUUAGCAGCUUCAUACAAUCCUAUUAUUUCUCGCAUCUUUUCCCGUAUAUUUAGUCUUUUAUCACUUUAGGCUUUUUCUCGUCCUUCUGCCUCUCCGAUCCGAGUUUCGUGUACAGCACAUGAGCUUCUUAGUUUUGGCCUCAGUGGACUUAUUUCGCGCUCGUACAGAGUGGAUUCUUGAGUGUUUAUUUUGUAUAUUACUGUGCGGGCGUCGGGAUACCAACUCUGGUGUACGCAGAUUCAAGUGUAUGCAUCG